AUGAUUGUUCAGGUGAUGAUCGAUGACAAUCAGGUGUCGCCGCCGACGGCCACCAACUCAUUGUGCAAUCACUUCAAGUGCUUCGAUGUCUAUCGUUGUGGUAAUUACGACAAUACAAUCACUUUGAAUAACGAAGAGCUCAUUAAUGUAUAUAUUUAUCCAUCGAUUGAUUUCAUUGAUUCAAAUCACAAAUCAAUGUUAAGUCCAUUUUCACAACAAUAUCGCGAACUCUUGGAAGCGAUUAUAUCGAGUCCUUACUAUACGGCCGACCCCUCAAAGGCCUGUCUUUUUAUACCAAACAUUGAUUUACUAAAUGAUAGAAAUGUCAAAUCGGAUGAGAUAUCAGUGAUAUUGGGAUCACUGGCCCAUUGGGGUCGCGGAGCCAAUCAUAUCAUAUUCAAUAUGAUUUCCACAUCUCUUAUUCACUAUAACUCAAGAAGUGAUCUGAAUAUUGGCGACGCGUUGAUAGCGGGCGCCGGCUUUGACUCUUGGAAUUAUAGACCAACUUUCGACGUCUCGAUUCCGGUCUUCAGUUUAUUUAGUUAUGAAUAUAAGGAGAAAACGUUUAACGAAAAGAGCAUUUUAGACAAUAAACGAAAAUGGUUUGUGAUUUGCACUCAAUUUGAUUCCGUCUCCGCCGGUGAUCAACAAAUACUCAGUGCUCUCGAGUCUCAACACUCGGAACAACUAUUAAUUGUCUCAAGAAAACAAUGCAAUUAUAAUAAUAGACAUGAAAACGAGACUCAAAUGUGCAAUAAUGAGCGAAAUAUUGAACUUAAUUAUCCCAAAGUGUUGAACGAAUCGACGUUUUGUCUCGUUUUAAAGACAAGAUUCUUAGGCCAUCCGCUUCUUAGCGAUUCAUUGAUGUCCGGAUGUAUUCCUGUCGUCAUUUCGGAUGAAUAUGUGCUUCCAUUUGAAGAGGAGAUCGAUUGGGUGACAGCGUCUGUGAGAAUACGAUCGCAUUCUAUGCCUGAUUUGAUGACAAUUUUGACAUCGAUUUCGGAGAAGAAUAUAAACGAAAUGAGAACUCAAACUACUUUCCUAUGGAAGACAUACUUUAGUUCAAUGAAAGCGAUCGCUUUAACCACUCUUAGGAUAAUAAAUGAACGAAUUUUCCCAAAUUCUGCUCAACCGUCAGAGCACUGGAAUCGACUCAAUCCCUCCCUCACCUCUAAUUAUGCAAUAAUUAGUCAUAAAUAUUCUUCGCGACAAUCAAUAGGUUUUACUGCAGUUAUACUGACUUACGAUCGUUUAGAAAGUCUUUACGAAGUGAUCAGAAGUGUAGUGAAAGCAAAGAGUUGUGUGAAAGUAGUGGUCGUUUGGAACAAUCAAUUGAAAAGCGCUCCUAAAAGGAGUAAAUGGCCGGACAUUCACAUCCCUUUACAGAUAAUCACAACCAAAGAGAAUAAGUUGAGUAAUCGCUUCUAUCCCUACGAAUGCAUCGAAACCGAUGCCAUUCUAGCCAUCGAUGACGACAUCGUUAUGCUAACCGCCGACGAACUAGAGUUUGGUUAUCAGGUUUGGCGUGAAUUUCCCGACCGUAUCGUUGGCUUCCCAUCUCGUGUGCAUCGAUGGGACAAUCGGACAAACAAAUGGAAGUAUGAGUCCGAAUGGACUAAUGAUGUAUCGAUGGUGUUGACCGGCGCCGCCUUCUAUCAUAAAUAUUACAAUCAUUUGUAUACAAACUUUAUGCCCAAAGAAAUCAAGUCAUGGGUCGAUCAACAUAUGAAUUGCGAAGACAUUGCAAUGAAUUUUCUGGUGUCGAAUGUGACGGGAAAGUCGCCCAUUAAAGUGACGCCAAGAAAAAAGUUUAAAUGUCCCGAAUGUGUAAACAAUGAUAUGCUUUCGGCCGAUGUUUUGCAACAUUUGAACGAUCGAUCCGAUUGUAUAAACCAUUUCGCAGCUAUUUAUAAGUCAAUGCCGUUAAUAGCUGUUGAAUUCAGAGCGGAUCCAGUCUUAUAUAAGGAUAAUUUGCCUGAAAAACUAAAGCAAUUUAACUUAAUUGGCAGCUUAUGA